AUGCUUCUAACAGGCUUGAUCGCGCUACUCCUUGCGACCAUCGUUGCUGCGACUGCGAUCGAGCAGCGCGGUACUACCAACUGCGAUGUUUGCAUUCAGCUCUUCAACUUUUGUGUCGAGAACGGACAUACACCGGGUCAGGAGGGUUGCAAGAAGACGUGUGCGCAGCAUGUGUGUCAUUUGUUUCGGCACGAGGGGAAUGAGGUAUGUUUCUGUUCUCUUGUCUCGCUAUGGAGGGUGUUGCUGACAUGUGAUGGGUAG